AUGCUGGCCACGUCAGUUGACAACACAUGCUCCCACAAAAAAAUCUAUCUAUCUAUCUAUCUAUCUAUCUAUCUAUCUAUCUAUCUAUCUAUCUAUCUAUCUAUCUAUCUAUCUCAACCUGCUGGCAUUGCUUCCUCUUUGAACCCAGAACAACUGAUCAUAUCUUUGGAACCGGAAGCUGCUUCAAUAUAUUGCCGGAAGUUAAGACUCUACCAACUGAUCCCAGAAAGCCCAGUCAUGCAUCCUCUGACGUCGCCCAACAAGAAAACUCCGGAAAUUCUCAACAUGGAACCAGCCUGCUCUGAUAUCACCAAUGGGAUGCGCUACAUGGUGGUAGAUUGUGGUGGAGGGACUGUCGACAUUACUGUACAUGAAAUGGAAAAAGAAGGCCUUUUGCGAGAAUUAUACAAAGCCACUGGUGGAGCAUACGGCGGCACAGGUAAAAAAAAAUGUAUUUGUUUUUUUUUCUUUUCUUCUUUAAGUUUCACAGCGUGA